ACGACUGAAUCAUCUGGGAUUUGGUAGGUAUCAUGUUGAGCAUGGCAUGUGCUUCAACUUUGAUAAAUUGUGAUUUAUUUAAAUAUUUUAAAUAAACCAUGGUGGUUACACACAAUUUCCAGGACCUUUUCGAAGCGUCCUCUAAGACUACAGUGCUCAGUUUACCGAUUGUUAAAGAAAAUCCAUUGAAAAUCGAGUUUCAGAAGUGUGAUGAAAAUGAGACGUUGUACGAGUCUCGGGCGCCUCCGCUGCCGUUUGCAAGCAGCAAUGUGUUUCAUGCCGAUAUUUCGGAUUGGAGGCGCUUGACUGCGGUAAAUAACGACUGUAAAGCUGUUUAUGAGGUCACGUUUGAUGUUACGGGUAGCACCUUCAACUACAAACCUGGUGAUACAAUAGGAGUGAUACCUCAGAACAGCACUGCAGAUGUGGAGCAGAUCCUAGACCACCUCAACCUAAAAUCACAAGCAGAUGACCAAUACACAUUGAUUGUAGACAAAACUCUAAAAGGAGCCAAGAUACCAGUUCAUGUACCUGUGAAAUCUACACUUAGACAUGUGUUCCAAUAUUGCUUGGAUCUUAGGAGUGUGAUUAAAAAGCUCUUCCUCCUAGCCCUGUCAAGGCAUACGAAAGAUGAUAAUGAAAGGAAAGUACUAGAAUAUGUCUGCAGUAAAGAGGGUGCCACAGUGUACACAACACACAUACUCAACAAAAACCUUUGUGUUUUGGAUCUGUUCUCAAUCUUCAAGACUUGUAAGCCACCAGCUGAAGUUCUACUAGCAAAUCUUCCCAGAUUAUUACCCAGACCUUACUCUAUAGUAAACAGUCAAAUUAAAGACCCAAAUACACUCAAAAUAUGUUUCUCAGUAAUGGAUAUUGGGAAUAAUAGAAAAGGUCUCACAACUGGAUGGUUAGAAGAAGUAAUUUCUAGUUCAAAUGUGGACUUAGAAAGUAGAAUAAAGAGUUUGAGCAUCAGUAAUGGAGGCAAAGAAAGUUGUGAUAGUAAAAUACCUAUUUAUAUUAGAAAGAAUAUGUCUGGGUUUUUAAUGCCUAAAGAUUUAGCAUUCCCUAUGAUAUUUAUUGGGCCGGGUACUGGGGUGUCUCCCUAUAUAGGAUUUCUUCAAGAAAGGGAAUGUUUGAAAAGAAAGAACCCUGAGUUAAAUCUCGGUGAAGCUUGGUUGUUCUUCGGUUGCAGAGAUCCCAAGCUAGAUUUUAUUUAUGAGCAAGAGUUGAAGAACUUUAUAGAGAAUGGUAUUCUUAAGAAAAUGAGCACAGCAUUUUCCAGAGUGGACGGUUGUGAAACUAAAUACAUUCAGGAUGCUCUAACACAAAAUGGAGAAGAAUUAACAAAGUUAAUUAAAGAUGGGGCCUCAAUUUUCAUAUGUGGUGACUUGAAAAAUAUGGCGUCGCAAGUAAAAGAUGUCUUAGUUCAAUGUCUAAUUAAAUACGAUGGGAAAACGAAAGAAGAAGCAGAGAAAUAUAUUUUUGAGAUGCAGAAAGGUGAUAAAUACUUUGUCGACACUUGGAGUUAACUUAAUUAGUGUUGACUGUAAAUAAAUAUUUAUUUGUUGCAUCAUAA